UGCAAGUGCCCUUCUCACACUACCACAACAUAUUUUGUGCUGAUGAAAUCGAACAGGAUUUAAAAUAUUGUGUUGACCGCACGGUAAGCAACAAGCUCUGGGAGAGGUCCAGGACCCUGAGGUCCACCCUCCCACCCAUACAUUUUUAUUUUACAGAUUCAAGAGGAUGCCUUUGAAUGUUCUCAUUGCUACUCUCUGGAUUACUACUAUUGUGGGUCCUCUGGAGGAUUAAGCUGAUGCUGGAGAAAGCGAACGAAACGGCUCCUGACUGUGGAAACUCCACAGCGUCUGCACGGGAGGGGGCGCGAAUGGCCGAAGGAGCUGCCGCUUCUGCAGUCACCCCUGCCCUGCCUCCUGCUGAACUCCCCACACCAAUGGGUCUUGCUGCAUCUACCUCAACAGACAGCACAGCAAACCGUCCGCUAACCCCCAUUGACCCCAAAGAGGGUCCCUUGAUACCCAGGCCAGGGGUGUUCCAGUCUUCUCAGGCCUCUUCAGGGGAGAUGACAGAGCAGCACACACAGUCAUCCCCUUUUCCCUUUGUGGUACCCCAGCCUCCCAGUAGAACCACCAGGCCCAAGCUCAGUCAAGGCCCUGAGGCUCGAAGAGCACGCCUGAAGUUCAUUCUGGGGGCGUCAGAGGACAACUCUUCAGAUGAUGAGCCACCUUUGUCCAUGAAACCCCCUCCAGGUUUUGGUUCCUCUGAGUCAGUGGCCAGUUCCUCAACCCCACAGCAAACGGCAUCAACAACCCCAGCUGUCUUCUCCCUCCCACAACAAGUUCCACCAUUAACAUCAACCACCACCUCCCUUGGGAUGAGGCCAAGCAUGUCCCGUCCACACCUGGUGAAGAAGGGACGAGAUCACUGGAAGAUGGAGCUGCAGAGAGAUUUCACCGUGGCCUCGCCGGCCGAGUUUGUCACCCGCUUUGGUGGGAACCGUGUCAUAGAUAAGGUGCUGAUCGCCAAUAAUGGCAUCGCAGCAGUCAAAUGCAUGCGCUCCAUCCGCCGUUGGUCCUACGAGAUGUUCCGUAAUGAGAGGAUCGUCCGUUUCGUUGUGAUGGUUACCCCAGAGGACCUGAAAGCCAACGCAGAAUAUAUCAAAAUGGCCGACCAUUAUGUACCUGUCCCUGGAGGUGCCAACAACAACAACUAUGCUAAUGUAGAGUUAAUCGUGGACAUUGCCAAAAGAAUCCCUGUACAGGCCGUCUGGGCUGGGUGGGGUCACGCCUCGGAGAACCCCAAACUUCCUGAACUACUGAACAAGAAUGGGAUCUCCUUCUUAGGGCCAUCCAGUAAGGCCAUGUGGGCUCUUGGUGAUAAAGUGGCCUCCUCCAUUGUGGCCCAGAGUGCAGACAUCCCCACCCUGCCCUGGAGCGGAUCAGGUCUGACGGUGGACUGGACAGACGAAGACCGGAGCCUCGGCCGUGUGAUCAGUGUGCCUCCAGAGGUCUAUGUGCAAGGCUGCGUGAUUGACGUGGCCGACGGGCUGGCUGGAGCAGAGAGAAUUGGCUACCCAGUGGUGAUCAAAGCCUCAGAGGGAGGAGGGGGGAAGGGCAUCCGGAAGGUGGACAACGCUGAGGACUUCGCCAGCUUCUUUAGACAGGUGCAGGCCGAGGUGCCUGGCUCGCCCAUCUUUGUCAUGCAGCUGGCCCAGCAUGCUCGGCACUUGGAGGUCCAGAUCCUUGCUGACGAGUACGGCAACGCCAUCUCCCUCUUUGGCCGAGACUGCUCCAUCCAGCGGAGACACCAGAAGAUCAUCGAGGAGGCGCCCGCCACCAUAGCAUCUUCCAUCACGUUCAAGCACAUGGAACAGUAUGCAGUGAGGAUGGCUAAGAUGGUGGGCUACGUAAGCGCUGGCACCGUGGAGUAUCUGUUCUCAGAGGAUGGGAGCUUCCACUUUUUGGAGCUCAACCCCCGUCUGCAGGUGGAGCACCCCUGCACAGAGAUGAUCGGGGAUGUCAACCUGCCAGCUGCCCAGCUACAGAUAGCCAUGGGGAUCCCCCUCCACAGAAUCAAAGACAUCCGCGUGCUGUAUGGAGAAGCCCCUUGGGGGGACACCCCAAUCAACUUUGAGGCUCCCGACUGCGUCCCCAGUCCUCGUGGACACGUCAUCGCAGCUCGCAUCACCAGCGAGAACCCAGACGAGGGCUUCCAGCCCAGCUCAGGGACCGUCCAGGAGCUCAACUUCCGCAGCAGUAAGAACGUGUGGGGCUACUUCAGCGUGGGGGCUACUGGGGGGCUGCACGAGUUUGCCGACUCCCAGUUCGGCCACUGCUUCUCCUGGGGGGAGAACCGAGAGGAGGCCAUCUCGAAUAUGGUGGUGGCCAUGAAGGAGCUGUGUAUCCGUGGGGACUUCAGGACCACGGUGGAGUACCUCAUCAAGCUCCUAGAGACGGAGAGCUUCAGGAACAACGACAUUGACACCGGCUGGCUGGACAAUCUCAUCGCAGAUAAAGUUCAGGCGGAGCGGCCAGACACCUUACUGGGGGUCAUCUGUGGGUCGCUACAUGUGGCUGACGCCAGCUUCAGGAAGAGCAUGUCUGACUUCCUGCACUCACUGGAAAGGGGCCAGGUGCUGCCCGCAGCCAGUCUGCUGAAUACUGUUGAGGUAGACCUGAUCUACGAGGGGGUAAAAUACUGCCUCAAGGUGGCUCGCCAGUCCCCCACCACGUAUGUCAUUAUCAUGAACGCCUCGGACAUUGAGGUUGAUGUCCACCGGAUGAGCGACGGCGGCCUCUUGCUCUCCUACAACGGCAGCAGCUACACCACGUACAUGAAGGAGGAGGUGGACAGCUACCGGGUCACUGUUGGCAACAAGACGUGUGUGUUUGAGAAGGAGAAGGACCCCACGGUACUGAGGUCGCCCUCUGCUGGUAAACUCCUGCAGUACCUGGUGGAGGACGGAGGCCAUAUCUGUGCAGGGAAUUCAUAUGCAGAGAUUGAGGUGAUGAAGAUGGUGAUGACCCUCUCAGUACUGGAGUCGGGCUGUAUUCACUAUGUGAAGAGGCACGGGGCGGUUCUGCAGCCUGGCUGUGUGGUGGCCCGCGUGGACCUGGACGAUCCCAGCAGCAUCCACCCUGUGGAGCUGAACAGGGCCCCUCUCCCCCCCCAGCAGCCCCAACCCAUCGCCGGUGAGAAGCUCCACCAAGUCUUCCACAUGGUCCUGGAUAACCUGUUCAAGGUCAUGGACGGCUACUGCCUCACCGAGCCCUACUUCAGUAACAAGCUGAAGCAGUGGGUGGAAACUCUGAUGAAGACCCUGAGGGACCCGUCACUGCCCCUGCUGGAGCUCCAGGAGAUCAUGACCAGCGUGGCCAGCCGAGUCCCGCCCGGCGUGGAGAAGUCCAUCCGCAAGGUCAUGGCCCAGUACGCCAGCAACAUCACCUCGGUGCUCUGCCAGUUCCCCAGCCAGAGGAUCGCCUGUAUCCUGGACAGCCACGCAGCCACCCUACAGAGGAAGGCUGACCGGGAGGUGUUCUUCAUGAACACUCAGAGUAUUGUCCAGCUUGUGCAGAGGUACCGUAGUGGGAUCCGAGGCUACAUGAAGUCCGUGGUGCUGGACCUGCUCAAGCGCUACCUUCAGGUGGAGAUGCAGUUCCAGCAAGCUCACUAUGACAAGUGUGUGAUCAACCUGAGGGAGCGGUACAAGCCUGACAUGACCCCUGUGCUGGAGAGCAUCUUUUCUCAUGCCCAGGUCUCCAAGAAGAACGUUCUGGUCACCAUGCUCAUUGAUCAGCUCUGUGGGCGGGACCCAACACUCGCAGACGAAUUGAUGGCCAUCCUGAAAGAGCUCACGCAGCUCAACAAGAUUGAGAACUGCAAGGUGGCCCUGCGUGCCAGACAAGUUUUGAUCGCUUCCCAUCUGCCCUCUUAUGAACUGAGGCACAACCAGGUGGAAUCUAUCUUUCUGUCUGCCAUUGACAUGUACGGACACCAGUUUUGUCCGGAAAACCUGAAAAAACUCAUACUCUCUGAGACCUCCAUCUUCGACGUGCUGCCCAAUUUCUUCUACCACUCUAACCGGGUGGUGUGCAUGGCUGCCCUGGAGGUGUAUGUGCGCAGGGGCUACAUCGCUUAUGAGCUGAACAGCCUCCAGCAUCGCCAGCUGCAGGACGGGACGUGUGCCGUGGACUUCCAGUUCAUGUUACCCUCGUCCCACCCCAACAGAGGGAGCAGCCCUACUCUGAACAGGCUGUCAAUGCUGGUGAACAGCGCAGGGCAGUUUGAGAUGAGGCGGCAGGGGAGCGAACUCUUCCUGGAAGGGGAACUCUCUCCCCCCUGUCAGCGCAUGGGUGCUAUGGUAGCCUUCCAGUGUUUCGACGACUUCAAAAGGAACUUUGACGAGGUCCUUUCCAGCUUUGCCGAUCCGCUCAUGGAAAGCCCGCUGUUCUCUGAAGCCUGCUCUGGCCUCUAUGAAGAAGACAGCUGCAAGAACAUGAGGGAGAACCCCAUCCACAUCAUCAAUGUGUCCAUCAAGUUGGCAGACACAGAGGACGACGAUGCCUUGGUCACAGCCUUCGCUACCUUCUCCCAGUCUAAGAAAGUUGUACUUUUUGAGCACGGCAUACGAAGAAUCACGUUUUUAAUAGCACAGAGGAGGGAAUUUCCCAAAUUCUUCACUUUCAGAGCCAGAGAUGGGUUCCAGGAGGACCGUAUCUACAGAAACCUAGAGCCUGCUCUGGCCUUCCAGUUGGAGCUGAACCGCUUGCGUAACUUUGACCUGACAGCCGUGCCCUGUGCCAACCACAAGAUGCACCUGUACCUUGGUGCAGCUCGUGUGCAGGAGGGUGCCGAGGUCACCGACUACCGCUUCUUCAUUCGAGCCAUCAUCCGCCACUCUGACCUCAUUACCAAGGAAGCCUCUUUUGAGUACUUGCAGAAUGAAGGUGAGCGUCUUCUCCUGGAGGCCAUGGAUGAGCUGGAGGUCGCCUUCAGCAACACUAAUGUGCGCACUGACUGCAACCACAUCUUCCUCAACUUUGUCCCCACCGUAAUCAUGGAUCCAUCCAAGAUUGAGGAGUCCGUGCGCUCCAUGGUGAUGCGGUACGGCAGCAGAUUGUGGAAGCUCCGGGUCCUCCAGGCCGAACUGAAGAUCAACAUCCGGUUGACGCCCACAGGAACCGCCAUCCCCAUCCGCCUGUUCCUUACCAACGAGUCCGGGUACUACCUGGACAUCAGCCUGUACAAGGAGGUCACUGACCCCACAACGAGACAGAUCAUGUUCCAGUCUUACGGGGACAAGCAGGGCCCUCUUCACGGGAUGCUCAUCAACCACCCCUAUGUGACCAAGGACCUGCUGCAGUCUAAACGCUUCCAGGCCCAGAGCCUCGGCACCACCUACGCCUACGACUUCCCGGAGAUGUUCCGACAGGCCCUCUUUAAGCUGUGGGGUCCCGGGGAAAGUUACCCUGAAGAUGUGCUUAUUUGCACAGAGCUGGUGUUGGACUCGCAGGACCGGCUGGUGCAGAUGAACCGCUUGCCUGGAGACAAUGAUGUGGGAAUGGUGGCCUUCCGGAUGCGGAUGAAGACCCCAGAGUAUCCCACGGGCCGUGAGAUCAUCGUCAUCUGCAACGACAUCACCCACAUGAUUGGCUCGUUUGGGCCCCAGGAGGACCAGCUGUUCCUGCGGGCAUCAGAGCUGGCCCGGGCCGAAGGCAUUCCACGCAUCUACAUCUCGGCCAACAGCGGGGCGCGCAUCGGCCUGGCCGAAGAGAUACGACACAUGUUCCAGGUGGCCUGGAUCGACCCCCAGGACCCUUACAAGGGGUUCAAGUAUCUGUACCUGACGCCGCAGGACUACACCCGCAUCAGCUCCACCAGCGCCGUUCACUGCCACCACGUGGAGGAGGGCGGAGAGUCCAGGUACAUCAUCACAGACAUUAUCGGCACCGAGGACGGUCUGGGGGUAGAGAACCUCAGAGGAUCGGGAACCAUCGCCGGGGAGACGUCCCAGGCCUACGACGAGAUCAUCACCAUCAGCAUGGUGACGUGCCGGGCCAUUGGGAUCGGGGCGUAUCUGGUGCGUUUGGGGCAGAGGGUUAUUCAGGUGGAAAACUCCCACAUUAUCCUGACUGGGGCUGGAGCGCUCAACAAGGUUCUGGGCCGUGAGGUGUACACCUCUAAUAACCAGCUGGGAGGGGUUCAGAUCAUGCACAACAAUGGAGUGAGUCACACUACUGUGCCGGAUGACUUUGAGGGAGUUUUCACCAUUCUGCAAUGGCUCUCCUAUAUGCCAAAGAACAAGCACUCGCCGGUGCCGAUGAUCACGCCCAAAGACCCUGUGGAGAGGGAGAUCGAGUUCACCCCCACCAAGGCUCCGUAUGACCCCCGCUGGCUCCUGGCCGGGAGGCCCCACCCCACUGUGAAGGGAGGCUGGCUGAGUGGAUUCUGUGACCACGGUUCAUUCAUGGAGGUGUUGGGGUCUUGGGCCCAGACAGUGGUGGUGGGCAGAGCCAGGUUAGGAGGGAUUCCCAUCGGUGUCAUCGCUGUGGAAACACGCACCGUUGAGGUUGCUAUCCCGGCCGAUCCAGCCAACUUGGACUCGGAGGCCAGACUGGUCCAACAAGCCGGCCAGGUGUGGUUCCCUGAUUCGGCCUUCAAGACAGCCCAGGUCAUCCACGACUUCAACCGUGAGCGGCUUCCUCUGAUGGUGUUCGCCAACUGGAGAGGAUUCUCUGGCGGAAUGAAGGACAUGUAUGACCAGGUGUUGAAGUUUGGGGCCUACAUUGUGGAUGGCCUGCGGCAGUUCCGCCAGCCCGUGUUGAUCUACAUCCCGCCCCACGCCGAGCUGAGAGGGGGGUCCUGGGUCGUGAUUGACCCCACCAUAAACCCUCUGUGCAUGGAGCUCUAUGCCGACAGGGAGAGCAGAGGGGGUGUGCUCGAGGCAGAGGGGACGGUUGAAAUCAAGUAUCGCAGGAAGGACCUGUUGAAGACUAUGCGCCGGACCGACUCUGUCUACUCCAGUCUGGCUGAACAGCUUGGUACACCAGAGCUGACGGACAAACAGCGGCUAGACCUGGAUGCCAAGCUGAGGGCCAGGGAGGAGUUCCUACUGCCCAUCUACCACCAGGUGGCAGUGCAGUUUGUGGAGCUCCACGACACACCCGGUCGAAUGCAGGAGAAGGGCGCCAUCACAGACAUCCUGGACUGGAAGAAUGUGCGGAGCUUCUUCUACUGGCGUCUGCGGCGCCUUCUGCUGGAAAGCGUGGUGAAGGCCGAGGUCCUGCAGGCUAACCCGGAGCUGAGUGACGGACACAUCCAGUCGAUGCUGCGCCGCUGGUUCGUGGAGACAGAGGGAACGGUCCAGGCUUACCUUUGGGACAACAAUGAAGCGGUGGUGGACUGGCUGAAGAAGCAUUUGGCCAAAGAGGACGGUAUGAGAUCAACCAUCAGAGAGAACAUAAAGUACCUGAAGAGGGACUACGCCUUAAAACAAAUCCGCAGCCUGGUGGAGGCCAACCCUGAGGUAGCCAUGGACUGCAUCAUCCAUAUGAGCCAGGCCAUCACCCCGUCCCAGAGGGCAAAGAUUUCCCACCUGCUGGCCACGAUGGACGCCCCCACUUAAACUAUACGUCUGAGCUAAGCAUCCCAUCCCAGGAAUCCCAGGAAUUCAGUCAGCCUGUUGGAUGUGACCGGGCAUAACCAGUAUCUGUCCAUCACUGCCACUUACAGUACGUUCUGUUUGUAACUAGAUUAAACAAUAAAGCCAAUGACAGAAUCUUGUCUAAUUCUCAGGGUCAGGGCUAGCUGUUCACUAAUGUGCUAGGCAUGAUAAUAAUGACACCCUAGAACUAUCCACUGAACACGACAUGCUGUGCUCGGACAUGUUUUGGAUGAUCCGUGCAGGACUGGGUAUAAAUACUUAAAGAUAAUUUCACAUACUGUACCAGGGCUUGGAUGGGCUUUGACUCCUCCCAUGGAACCAGUAGAACAUUAUCAGAAGUUCAACCUCCAUCCACCAGAAACUGAAACUAACGGCGGUUCCGUGUUACUGAUGAAACUGCUGUAAUCACAGGCGACCAUCACUUCUCCUUACUAUUUCCAGUUCACAUUAUUAAUGGAAAAACAUGUAUUGAAUGGAUUGGAGGAUGUGCCUUUUUUGUCAAAUACUCUAUAAAGCUUCCUAUUGCUUUUCACUAAUGCUGUAUUAGAGAAGAGAUCAGGUUUGUUUUCAGGGUUUUAGUCAGUGUCGAAAAGAGUGUUCACAGCGAAGCCUCAGUUUGUGUACCAAGUAAAAUGUAGUUCAUGUGAAUUAUGUGCCAGUUCCAGUACAUUUCCAUAAGCUUUUCUUUGGGGUUGGAUGUGUAGCCUUCUGACAGCAGUCACACUAAUGACUGCUUUAACUGAAGGCCCAUUUCAGUGGAAUUAAAUUACAUUCAAUUUACCCAUUAAUUUAAGUGAUACAUUGAUCUACCAUAGAUCAAAGAUGAUUUAUCAUGUCAGAAUUGUCCUUCAAAAGCUAACCAUGUGCAAUUUCAAAGUCAGUCAGCAUCUUUUUUUGGUAGUACACAAUUGUUUAUUAAGUGCCCUUGAAUUUUUUUAGUUGUAUUAUUGAUUUUAAAAGAAUUUUUAAAAAAAUGUAUUUCUAAUACUGACAUAUUGUUGUCAGUAACUCAAUUUCCAUCCACAGUUUUACUACCAGUAAUGUUGCAUAUAAAUAGUAUUGCCAUAGGUUUGAACAUUUCUGUCCUUAUUUUUGCUCUGCUGAUUCCCCAAAUCCACUAUCAAUAUUGCAUGUUUUUAUUGUUGUUGUAAACAGCAUGAGUGAAAUGAUUGAUGACAGAAUUUUUUUAAAAGCAGAAUUAGUAACCAGAAUAAGGUUCUGACUUAAUAUUGGUAGGUCUGGAGUUCUUUUUAACAUGCCUUGACACAUUUUCAUAACACAAUGUGCAAUUCAACCAAUUUUCUCAGCACAAAUAAGUUAAAAGGUUUAACUUCCCCUUUAGAAAUUCAGCAUUGCAGUUUUUUUUAUGCCACUACAGAUAAAAUAAUCAACAUAUUGAAGUUAACUUGCAUUCAAGUGGUAACUAUGUUCUGUGAUACUCACACUGAUUUGGGGAAACUUGUAAUUUAUUGUAAUACAUAUUAACUACUAUGAUCUUCACAGAGUGGUGAAAGUGCUCAGCAUGAGACUGCAUGUACUUUCCAAUAACUUUGACAUGAUAUUUGAUGUGCUCAAAAAAUAUAUAAUCUACUCACUAUCUAAUGCAACAGCUGUUUUUGAUAAAACCACCUGUGGUGUUCAUAAAACGCUAGGAAUGUUUGAUUGCGCUACGUCAUCACACACGUUUUGUAAUUUUAUUUUUAAGAAGUUUCAUGUUAACAAAGCACAGAUGGCAAAAUGUGCAAAUUUUCUUUAUGCUGAGUUCAGAAAACACCAUUGUAUGAAUACGUAGCUACUGAUGUUGCAUGGUUGUCAGAAGAGAAUGACACCGUCUCGAUGCUAGUGCGUACCUUCACACCUCUACAGUGUUAGUGUGGUGCUAAUAUUCAACGGGAAUGUGUUGGAUUCGAUGGAUUCAUGGUUACUUUUGGUCUGAUGUGUUUAAUGCCUAGGUGAUUUUACUAUGUUGAGUAGAAUGCUAAUUGUUCUUCAGCUCAGGUGAACCGGGCCAGGCGUGGGUCUAAUGGUUAACAGCAUUGUAGCCAUGAGACUCCAACCUCUAAUUCUGCUGAUACCUCCGUCACAAUACCAGAUGUCCAUUUGAAAUUGUGUCUGUAAUUAAAUAUCAUUAUUUAAAUAUAUAUCAUUACCCUAAUGGGUAUCAAUAAAGCCAAUAAAUGUAUUUUCAGCAA